CUAUGGUUAAAUUAUAGGAGAACAUGGGGAGGUUUGACCGGUGGAACUACAAAAAUAACGCAAAAGCAAAUAUGUGCAGGAUCAUUCCUUCACGGAACGGCCCCUGGUGACAGUGGUGGUCCCCUGCAAAUUAUGGGACCAGAUGGAAGAUAUUAUCAAAUCGGAAUAACUUCUUUCGGUGCCGAUCUGUUGGAAGGAGUCAUUGAUCAAGAAAAAUAUCCUGGAAUUUAUACUCGAGUCGCUUUAUAUUACAAUUGGAUUCAUUCAAUGAUGGAGUCAAAUGGAACUAAUCUUAUAAUCGCUCCGAAUUUCUAUAUUUAUAUUUUUAUAUUUUGUAUUUUGCUUAUAAUGAACAAAUUAUGA